AUGGCUGAAGCAGAAGCGCCAACCAUUUCGCCUGUUGUGGCGGCGGUCGCCGCUCAGAAGAAGGGCUCCAGGGGCUUUUUUGGAUUCGGUUACUAUUCGCUACGAAAACUGAUGGAGGCCGAAAAUAGCUUGCUUUCCGCUGUGGCCCACCGCAUUGUGUCACGAUUCGUUCCGAUUCGCUUCAAACAAAGCGAGAUUUACACGAUUUCCUUAGAAGCCGAGGAGAAGCCAGUUGAUCAGGAUCCGAUUGUCCUAGUGCAUGGUUUCGCAGCGGGCUCGGCGGUCUGGUGCGCGCAGCUACUUUCCUUGGCGAAGCAGCACAAUGUGCAUGCGUUUGACUUGCUCGGGUUUGGAAGGUCUUCUCGGCCGCUGUUUUCACACGACGAAACGUUGGCCGAACUCGAGAUGGUGGAGGCUAUUGAGGAUUGGCGAAAAGAGAUGAAGAUCGAACGAAUGACUUUGGUAGCCCAUUCGUUCGGUGGUUACCUGGCUUCUUCCUACACCCUUGAGCAUCCAUCUCGGGUCAAGCAUCUGAUCCUUGCGGAUCCUUGGGGAUUUCCGGAGCGGCCUCCUCCGAACGACAAACAGAUCCAACCAUAUCCUUGGAUGCAUUUCGUCGGUGGUGUGUUGUCCUACUUCAACCCCUUGGCUCUAUUGAGGGUUAUGGGGCCUUACGGGCCGACGCUCGUGAAGAAACUGCGACCCGACUUGAGCCUUCGCUACAAAGGCGCCAACCCGGACGACAUCUACACCUACAUUUACCAUUGCAAUGCGCAGCCGCCGACCGGUGAAACUGCCUUCAAGGCGAUGACGCAUACUUUUGGCUGGGCAAAGCGGCCGAUGAUCCGCAGGUUCAACGGGAUCAGCGAGAAUGUCCCCAUCAGCUUCAUCUAUGGAUCGAAAAGUUGGAUCGAUCCGCAGCCGGCUUUCGAAAUCCAAGCCACGAGAAAUGGCUACGUCGAUAUCCAGAUCAUCCGCGGUGCUGGCCACCAACUGUAUGCUGAUGCCCCUGAAGCUUUCAAUGAAGUCGUCCUCUCCAUCAUCGAGCGUGUGAACAGUACUGUCGCCAAAGACGAAGAAGAUUCCACUGAAAAA